GUGCCUGUAUCCCCUCUUCCUCUCACGUGACCUUCAGCCGCAAAGCUGCUAUCCACGUGGACUGGGGCUGAGAUCAUACGUCCAUCCGCCAGGGCGCCCACGUCCAGACGAGACAUGGCAACCAACAGCAGCAAGGUGGCUGACGGACAGAUCUCCACUGAAGUCAGUGAGGCCCCCCUGGCCAACGACAAGCCCAAAACCCUAGUGGUCAAGGUGCAGAAGAAGGCAGGGGACCUUCCUGAUCGAGACACAUGGAAGGGUCGCUUCGACUUCCUCAUGUCCUGCGUGGGCUAUGCCAUUGGCCUGGGCAAUGUCUGGCGGUUCCCCUAUCUCUGUGGGAAGAAUGGUGGUGGGGCCUUCUUGAUCCCCUACUUCCUGACACUCAUCUUUGCGGGGGUCCCGCUCUUCCUGCUGGAGUGCUCCCUGGGCCAGUACACGUCCAUCGGGGGCUUGGGUGUGUGGAAACUGGCCCCCAUGUUCAAAGGUGUGGGCCUGGCUGCAGCGGUGCUGUCCUUCUGGCUGAACAUCUACUACAUUGUCAUCAUCUCCUGGGCCAUCUACUACCUAUACAACUCCUUCACCACGACAUUGCCAUGGAAACAGUGUGACAACCCCUGGAACACAGAACGCUGCUUCUCCAACUACAGCAUCGUCAACACCACCAACAUGACCAGUGCCGUGGUGGAGUUUUGGGAGCGCAACAUGCACCAAAUGACAGAUGGGCUGGACAAGCCGGGUCAGAUCCGCUGGCCACUGGCCAUCACCCUGGCCAUUGCAUGGAUCCUGGUGUACUUCUGCAUCUGGAAGGGCGUGGGCUGGACUGGGAAGGUGGUGUACUUCUCGGCCACCUAUCCCUACAUCAUGCUUAUCAUCCUAUUCUUCCGUGGAGUGACGCUGCCGGGGGCCAAGGAAGGCAUCCUCUUCUACAUUACGCCCAACUUCCGCAAGCUGUCAGACUCUGAGGUGUGGCUGGAUGCGGCUACCCAGAUCUUCUUCUCCUAUGGGCUGGGCCUGGGGUCCCUGAUCGCUCUCGGGAGCUACAACUCUUUCCACAACAACGUCUACAGGGAUUCCAUCAUUGUCUGCUGCAUCAACUCUUGCACCAGCAUGUUCGCAGGCUUCGUUAUCUUCUCCAUCGUGGGCUUCAUGGCACAUGUCACCAAGAGGUCCAUUGCUGAUGUGGCAGCCUCAGGCCCCGGGCUGGCAUUCCUGGCCUACCCAGAGGCCGUGACACAGCUGCCCAUCUCCCCACUCUGGGCCAUCCUCUUCUUCUCCAUGCUGCUGAUGCUAGGCAUUGACAGCCAGUUCUGCACUGUGGAAGGCUUCAUCACUGCUCUCGUGGAUGAGUACCCCCGGCUCCUGCGCAACCGCAGGGAGCUCUUCAUCGCCGCGGUCUGCAUUGUGUCCUACCUGAUCGGCCUCUCCAACAUCACCCAGGGAGGUAUUUACGUCUUCAAACUCUUUGACUACUACUCUGCCAGUGGCAUGAGCCUUCUGUUCCUCGUGUUCUUCGAGUGUGUCUCCAUUUCCUGGUUUUACGGUGUCAACCGAUUCUAUGACAACAUCCAAGAGAUGGUUGGCUCCAGGCCCUGCAUCUGGUGGAAGCUCUGCUGGUCCUGCUUCACCCCAAUCAUUGUGGCGGGUGUGUUCAUUUUCAGUGCCGUGCAGAUGACACCCCUCACCAUGGGCAGCUAUGUCUUCCCCAAGUGGGGCCAGGGUGUUGGCUGGCUCAUGGCUUUGUCCUCCAUGGUCCUCAUCCCUGGGUACAUGGCCUACAUGUUCCUGACACUGAAGGGCUCCCUGAAGCAGCGCAUCCAGGUCAUGACUCAGCCCAGUGAAGACAUCGUUCGCCCGGAGAACGGCCCAGAGCAGCCCCAGGCCAGUGGCUCAGCCAGCAAGGAGGCCUACAUCUAGGGCUGGGCUCUCACGACCCGAUGCUGUCACCCCUGCCUGGCUGAGCCCCAGUGACUGCCACUUGAUGACUGGACACCUUCCAUCUGAACCUACCUCAAGUGGCGCAUCUCAACACCAUCAGCUCACAGAGGGAUGUGGGGGGACAGUUGGACCGGGUGGGCCCUGCCAUGGACAGCAGCACCCAGUGGCUGCCAGAGCCUGGGGCCUGGUUACCUUUUUCAU